GGACUGGAAAAUUUCUUUCGAAUACUAGGCUUUGGGUUAAUCAUGAUUGUCGUUCCUCGACAGAUCCUGAUACAUAUUCUGCUGUGGGUUCGGUCAUAAGACUUCCUUAAUCCCCCUAAUGGCGGUGAGUCCCUCCAUCACAUCCUUCAGAUAUUUUCUUGGGCCGGUGCAGCAAGCGGGGCCAUAGAUUGGCAGAUGUCCCAGUUCCAAUCUGCUCGAUACUUAUCAAUCAGACUGGGGCGCAAAAUGACAGUGUUCUUUUUGGUAUCCUCCAAUCAUAUCUUCUAUUUCUGCCCUCGGUCAUUCGACCAUCGGCGUUGCGCAUCUUUCGAUCCAGUAAUUAUUCUCGCAGAAAUCGAUCACGAAGGGUAAAGCUAGGGUGGAUAGAUAUUGUGUAAGCUGAAUAGGGACAUCCUCAUGCGAAGGAUCGGUACCAACCACCACCUCGAAAGGGUGCUCAGCUCAGAUGAUGGUCGAUGAUGAGCUAGUCAGGGCUCGCAGUCUAGUCUGAUCUGGUUUCUCCUUAUAGGCUUAAAGAGGGUGAUAAGCUGUUCUCGAAUGUCGCUUUGUAGCCUUUUUUGUGGAUGGCUCUUUGGAAGCCCUCUAGAGAAGGCUUGUCGAUGAUGGCUGGUUUGUUCAGCCUGCAGCAGACGACUGCAAGUCUGCAAACCACAUCGACUGAACGAGCUCAACAAGUGGUAUCAAUGCUCAAAUAAUUCGCAUUUCCUCUCGACCUGAACCCAUUUUCUUCUCCUUUCUUUUCAUCUUCAUCUUCACUAAAACCAAAUGGCCGACCAGCCCGCACGGCCAACACACUCGACCCUUUUCGGUGGAGGAUCCGCUCCGCCAGCAAGCGGGCAGACAAUCCAGUCCGGUAGAGCCAGAAGUUUCGAGCAGGCCGAGAAGCACAUUCCCGGAGAGAGCGCGUCUGGCACAUCGCCAGCAAAUGAUCCUACUGAUGAGAAGGCCACUCAGAGGCUCAAGCAUUCAUCAGAUACAGUACCUCCUACAACACAUCUUCCAAAGGGAGAGGAGGAGAAGGCGCUGUUGAGAAAAAUUGAUAGACACAUGUUCCCUUGUUUGUGUCUCUUGUACAUGCUGAAUCAUUUGGAUCGAACAAGUAUUGCAAAUGCACGAGUUGGAGGGAUGGAAGUGGAUCUUAACUUGAGUUCGACGGACUACUCGACGAUUGUCCUGAUAUUUUUUGUUGGAUAUCUCUCGGCGGAGAUUCCUUCAAAUAUGCUCCUCUCUCAUAUGCGCCCCUCUCUGUUUUUACCUGGACUCACUUUCCUCUGGGGCAUUGUGGUGACGCUUAUCAGUCUGGUAAAAAAUAAAGAAAGUCUGAUCGUCGCGAGGCUAUUCUUAGGAUUUGUAGAAUCUGGCUUUUUCCCAGGAGUUCUCCUUGUUCUGUCAUCUUGGUACCGCAAAGCAGAGCUGGCAAAGCGUAUCGGUAUCCUAUACAGUGGUGGUAUCCUCUCGGGUGCAUUUGGUGGUUUGAUUUCCGGUGGGGUUAUCGAGGGAUUAGAGGGUGUUGGCGGGAUUCGAGGGUGGAGGUGGCUAUUUAUCAUUGAAGGACUCAUCACGGUUUCAGCAUCGGUGGUCGUCGUCUUCUUCUUACCUGAUUGGCCAUCCGAUACGAAGUGGCUCUCGGAAGAGGAGAAGAAAUUGGCGGUCUUGCGGCUGGAAAUCGACCAGGUCGAACAUGGUGCUUCUUCACCUGAUUCAACCAAGCUCAGUCAUCGGCAGGCCCUGGCGGCUGCUGGAAAGGAUUGGAGAACGUAUCUCUUCUGCUUUAUGUAUAUCAUGAUUCUCAGUUCUCAAACCAUUCUGUACUUCAUUCCUAGUAUUGUGGUCUCAUUAGGCUACCAGGGUCAAGAGGCCCAAUUCUUGACUAUCCCGCCAUACGUAGUCGCGUGCGCGUUCGCCCUUAGUGUCUCGUUCUCGGCGGAUCAUUUUAAAGAGCAGAUGUUUCAUGUGGCCCUCCCGAUCGGCUUUUCUGGACUACUCUAUGCACUCUGCCUUGCCAUCAGCGAGCCAAAAGCCCGAUAUGCACUAGUCUGCCUGGCUUUUGGCGGUACCUUCGGAGCGUUACCUGUCGCAUUGGCUUGGGUGUCCAGUGUCGCCGGUUCGCAGAAGCAGAAAAGAGCAAUCACUCUGGCCAUUGUCAACACAGUCGGCAACUCGUCUAACUUUUACGGAAGCUUCCUUUGGCCCAAAUCACAAGGUCCUGAGUUCGUGCUCGGAUUCGCAAUGGCUACUGCGUUCGGCUUCAGUUGUGCGCUUUCUGCUGUGCUUGCUAAAGUCCUCUUGUAUCGCUUUCCUCGCGAAGAACUAUUGGUUGAACCCGGAAAACCUUUGCCGGCCAAGGAUGAUUCACUAGCACUCAAAAACUCAGCUUGUAAUAUAUAG